AUGGAAUCAGGGUUCCACUUCAACCAUUUCCCUCCAAUUCCCAAAAAUACACUCCCCAAUUCCUUAACGCUUUCUCCUUUUAGAACUGUCGCUUGCCAGUCCCUUGCCGAUGACUUUUAUUCAAAUUUAAUAGACUGGUCAGGUGAUAAAAUUUUUUAUUGUGAGAAUAAUACUGUAUUUCAGUACAAUUUCCACACAGAUAGCUAUAUUAAAGUAUUUGAGGACUCCUCCAUCAAUGUAUGUAGUCUGAAAUGUAUGAAGCAGUCUGAUACUCUGGUUAUUGGGUGUUCUUCGGGCAUUCUUAUCUGUUUAGACCUGGGCUCGUUGAAGAGCACAAGACAUAUGUUCCACAGGGGAAGGAUAAGUGCAAUAGAAAUCAUAGAAAAUAGAGUAUUAACGGGAAGCAGAGACAGAAAAGUAAAAAUGAUAGACUUCAGAAGCAAGAGUCCUGAAAAGAGCUACUCGUUCCACAUGCAGGAAGUGUGUGGAAUAUCAGUCAAUAACGACAAAAGAUUUGUGGGCACUGGCGGAAAUGACAACAAGAUCAUUGUGCUAGAUUUUAGAAAGGACGACACGUACUACAAGAAGCUAGAGGAACACAAGGCUGCAGUAAAGGCACUUAGCUGGUCUCCGCUCUACAGUACAAAAUUCAUAUCAGGGGGAGGGACAGCAGAUAAGACUCUAAAGCAGUGGGACAUUAAUUUGGAGACUUCUUUGCAGCAGUCAAUGUGCUUUGAAAGUCAAAUUUGCAAUGUCAAAUGGCUGGAGAAUGAUAAGAUUCUAAGUACAUUUGGAUAUUCCAACGAUGAUAUUAAACUUUUGAAUGAUUUUCAGGUUGAAAAAGUGUUUUUAGGACACAAGAACAGAGUCAUACAUUUUGCAGUUGAUGAUAAGGAGGAAUUCUUUGUGAGUGGAAGCGGGGAUUCAAACAUAAACAUAUGGAAGAUAGACGAGAAGGAGAGAGAAAUAAUAGUGAGAUAG